UGUAGACAAACAUUAACUUUGGGAUAGACACUGUUUAUUUAUGUUCUACUCCUUCCAUUUUAACUGCAUCUACCAUUUGCUCAACAUGAAAUCAUCUCUGACUCUGCUGUGUCUGGUGGUAUGGGUGAAUGUGGAUGCUUCAUCAGCUCAGACUGUGUGCAGGGGACCUCUACCAAAUGUGCCCAAUGCCAGGGUCACUGAGGAAAGCGUCAAAGAAGAGUACAAAGAGGACAACAUUGUCCUCUUUUCCUGCAACGUUGGCUUUGUGCCAGCAGGCAGAAUAAGUUAUCAGUGUAAGAAGAAUAAGUGGGUGGUGGUCCGUCAGGGGAAAUGCAAUCCUAAACCAUGUGAGCUCCCUGAUGAAACUGCCAAUGGCCACUACAGCAUCCAAGCUGGGGAUGACUUUGUCUUUGGGGCCACUAUCAAAUACACUUGCAAUGAUGGUUAUCAGAUGGUGAGCAAAAUGGACAUCAGAACCUGUAUGGUGGCAGGAUGGAGCAACCACCUGCCCAUAUGUGAAGUGGUGAGUUGUGUCCACGAGGCUACAGAUGGACGGGUGGUUGUGAGCGGUCUGCCAGAUGAUGAUGGUGUUAUACAGUACGGUCAUGAGCUCAGGUUCAGCUGCCCCAACCCAGCACACCAACUGAAGGGAAACCCACAGGUAGUGUGUGCCACGGGGGGGAUGUGGAACAACCGUUUCCCCACCUGUGAAGAUGUGACUUGUGAAGCUGCAGAGAAGAUUAAGAAUGGGAACGUGAUAGGAAUUCCCGAAAACAACACCAUGAAGUAUGGACACAGACUACAGUUUGAGUGCAGCAACUCUAAACACGUUCUGAAGGGGGAAUCAGAGGUCACCUGCACAAGCAAUGGACAGUGGAGUCACUCCUUUCCAAUUUGUGAAGAGCCCAAGGAUUUCUGUGGACCACCUCCACAUCUCAUAAACGGAGACACAAAGGACGAUACCAGAGAAAGCUACAGACACGGAGAAUCAGUUCAUUAUAACUGCCAGAAAUACUACAUCCUUGAGCCCCCUUCAGCGUUCAAGACGUGUCGUGACGGGAUCUGGACAGGACCGAUAACCUGCCUGAAACCCUGCACUGUGGAUGAAGAGCUGAUGAACACACAGAACAUCCAAUUUAAAUAUCCUCCGGAAGAUCAAAAUAAACUCUAUGCCACACAUGGAGAUCAUAUCACUUUUAAGUGUACUGGUCAUAGUAGACUGAGCCCAGGUAUCGUUGGUUUUCGUCAGCAGUGUAUAAACGGGGUCAUGAACUUGCCUCAUUGCCAAUAGUGGCUUCAGCUACGGGAAGAGAUGGGCAAAGGCUUGUUGGACAAACAUGCCAAUGAAUAACCUGUCAAUAGUCUGCUCAAACUAUUUGUUCUGGGGCUUUGCAUAAACUAAGGAACAUUGACUUCACAGGAGUUGUUUUUCAUGUCAGUCCGAGCUUCAAUAAAGUACCUCUGGUUUUGAAUUCUCAA